ACGGGCAUCUCGUUGUCUGGGCCCCAGCCUUGCCCUCUGUGUCCCUCUGUGUGCAGGUCCCCGGAACUCCAUGCUCCUGGUGUUCGCCCUGCUCUGCCUGCCCUGGCCUCAGGAGGUGGGCGCCUUCCCGGCCAUGCCGUUGUCCAGCCUGUUUGCCAACGCCGUGCUCCGGGCCCAGCACCUGCACCAGCUGGCUGCCGACACCUACAAAGACUUUGAGCGGGCGUACAUCCCCGAGGGCCAGAGGUACUCCAUCCAGAACGCGCAGGCCGCCUUCUGCUUCUCGGAGACCAUCCCGGCGCCCACCGGCAAGGACGAGGCCCAGCAGAGAUCCGACGUGGAGCUGCUCCGCUUCUCGCUGCUGCUCAUCCAGUCGUGGCUGGGGCCCGUGCAGUUCCUCAGCAGGGUCUUCACCAACAGCCUGGUGUUCGGCACCUCGGACCGAGUCUACGAGAAGCUGAAGGACCUGGAGGAAGGCAUCCAAGCGCUGAUGCGGGAGCUGGAAGACGGCAGCCCCCGGGCCGGGCAGAUCCUGAAGCAAACCUACGACAAGUUUGACACAAACCUGCGCAGCGACGACGCGCUGCUCAAGAACUAUGGGCUGCUCUCCUGCUUCAAGAAGGACUUGCACAAGGCCGAGACGUAUCUGCGGGUCAUGAAGUGUCGCCGCUUCGUGGAAAGCAGCUGUGCCUUCUAGUUGCCGGGCUUUCCUUUCACCCC